UAUAUGUUUUAACAAGCAACAAAAAGGUUGCUUAGAUAUCUAGUUGUCAUAAGUUACAACUCACACUAAUAUACAUUUUAUGGUAAUGAUAAUAAACUAUUACAACUGGUAAGUACACAAAAUUCCGUUUACAUAAUGAAUAUUUAUGAUAGAAAUAUCACAUAUUCAAUGGUCAUUAAUACCGGAUAAGAACCAAAUAGUAAAAUAUCAAAACGUAAUUAAUAUAAUUUACUCAGACAUGAUAAUUUUGCAAUUGAAUAAUGACUAAUAAGUAAUAAGUAAUAACUAUCGUGGUUUUAAAAUUAAAGAUGCUUGUACUAAUAAGGUAUCUUGAGCGCUAUCUGUCUAAAAAAUCAAAAGCAAAAGAAAUAAACUAGAAUUCUUCAAAUGAACGUUUAAUUCGUUUUCUUUCGUGAUUCAAAUAUUUAGCUUUGUACGUUCCCCACCUGUCUGUCGGGCCAAUGGUUGUACAUGCGCAGUACGCUCGCUUAUCAUUAUUAUCAUUGUUAUUGUUGUCAACACCAAGACAACUAACGUAAAAAUGUACGACAAGUGUAACGUUUUUUUUUUAAAAAGUGUUUGUAGUUUGUUCUCAGAAUAUUUAUCCUACCGAAACAUGAUUUGUAAAUGCAUUAGAUUUUUGACAUGAUUAUCGGUCGUUUAAGUAUUACGCUGUGUCGAGGAUAAUAAUAUACAUCGUGUAAGCAUACAGUUUAAAUUAUAUAAAAUAAUUAAAAUACCAAGAUUUCCAUAUUUAUAUUUUAAAAUGUCGAAUUAUUCAAAUAUUCCAAACUUGCCUACGUAUUCUCAAUUCCGAGCUACAGAAACUUGGCAAAUACUAGUCGAACAUUUUAGAAGUGGCAUGCCGUUAAAAUCUCAUCGGCACCAGCUUUGGUUUAAAGACAACUGUUUCACUGGAUUUGAAGCAGUUGAUUGGAUGUAUAAUGAAGCAUCUUCUGGGAAAAUACAACAUUUAUUUAAUAAAGGAAUUACACGUCAACAAAUAGUAGCAUUAAUGAAUAAAUUUUUUGAGGCUGAAAUUUUUAAAGCUGUUAGUACAACAUUAACAAAAUUUAAGGAUAAGUCAGAAUUAUAUGAAUUUUCCUUACCAAAGAAUAUGAAUAAAACAAUUAGCAAAGGAUCUGUAUUAUCAUCAUUAAAUGUAUUCCUUAUGAAUAAACCAAAAUCAUUGUCCCCUCAACCCAAAAAAAGUGAUAAAAUUAUUAGUAGUCAUAGAAUGAAGUCUUAUUCAAUGGAAAAUGUUGCAAUGAACACAUAUUUAAACGAAAACCACAAAAUUGCUAAUUUUAUCUUACAAAAUUUACAGAAUAUAUUAAAGAGUUUUAAUAUGGAUGAUUUUUUAAAUACUGAGAAUUUAAAUAAGCAGUGGAUAAUUAUGAAUAUUUAUAAUCAAGAUUAUAAUGUUGAUGGCUUAUUUCCACAUUGGGUAAAGUCUGCAAUGGAUAGCUUGACAUCUGAUGUGGAAAUGAAUGAAUGCACUUAUCCUGGAUUUAAAGCUGAUGUUUAUUCUGUAAUCAAGGAUUAUUUUUUAAACUCGGAGGAACCACUGAUUCCCAUAUCUUUUUAUGAGAUAUUUAUUUCUAUUUUAGUUGUGGUUGAAAGAUAUGAUCAUAUGUGUAAUAAGAGAGUAAAAAAAAUAGAAAAUAAUAAUUCAUCUCGAUUAUCAUCAAAUAUGUGUUGGGAAACUGAAUUUUCCACUGAUCAUUCAAAAACGUGUAUUGUAAAUAAAUGUUUUGAUAUUUCUGAACAUCAAGUAUCAUUACUUUCCAGAUCUUCUGUCAGUAGUUGUAGCAGUACAUCAUUUUUUGAAUCAUGUGAAGUAGAACAAAGUAAAAUGGAACAUAAACCACUAAAUAUUUCACAUAAAUAUUUAAAGCCGAAGUUAACUAGAACAAUCAGUUCACCAGAAAUAUCUGUGAAAUCACAAUCAUAUUAUCAAAAAAAUAUGGAAAAAAUAAGAAAAAGGAAAAUGGGUCGUACUAUUUCUAAUAACUCAAUUACUCCAAAAAAUUUAAAUGAACUUAAUGAGAGCUUUUAUUCAGAUGAGUAUGGUUUUAAAAAUAAACCAUUAGAAAAUAAUAAAUAUGUUUGUCCAUCUACUUCUGGAUAUGUCAAUUUUGGACUUUUUCAAUCUGAAAAAAUAAGUUACGAUGACACAAAUGGCUUUGAUUUAGAUAUGGCAAUUUCUACUCUUCAUAAGCUAAUUGAUAUAACACAAAUGGACCAUACGCUUGCCCUUAAAAAUCAGUCAUUUAAUGGUUUAAAUGAAAAAUCUUUACAUCUGGGAAUUCUCUUGUAUCAAUUAUUAAGUCUAUGUCUUCCACCAUUAAAUAGAGCAAAAUUACAAGAAUUUUUAAAAUUUGUUUCUCAUCUAUCAUCGACUUACACUAAGAUCACUGAUAGAUUAUGCUGUGCAGUAUUGAGACAAAAUACUAAUCAAUUUGAAUAUGAUUGUUUAGCUACUGAUGUUGUCAAAUUUUUAAUUCAUAAUCAAAAAUUAAUAUUUUUACCUAUUAAAACAGAUUCAAUUUUAUCAGAAAAGUUUAAUUCUUUCAGAAAUGAUGAUAAAAAUUUUAAAGAUAGUAUGCACUAUUGUCUUAGAAUAUCAGACAAAGAAUUUGAAAAACAAAGAAGUACUGAAUCUAAAGAAGCCCUUAUUGAAUUGUUGGAUCAAAUUAUUAAUAGUUCAUCAAUGUCUAAUAAAGAAAAGAGUAAACGUAUAAAAUUAUUUCAAAAAAUGUAUCCUGAUGUCUAUGAGAGAAGAUCUACACUCCUAGAGCAACAUAAAAAACAAAAUCCAGUAUUAAAAGAAAUUAGAGUUUAAAAUUUUCGAAUUUAACAAAGAAAUUAAAUACUACUUAUUAUUAUUAAAAUUAUUUUUUAUUAUGUUAAUAGUAUUUUAAGUAUAGAUGUUGCAUAAUAUCAAAGAUAAAUUCAAACUUAAUUUUAUGGACAAUUUUAAGCUUGAUAUAAGACCAACUUAGUAUACUUUU